CGAAAAUGUACUGAAGUCUACGUCUAGUCUGUGGAUUUUUAUGUGGCGACAACGGAUCGGGGAAAAGGAAAUAUAAUCGAAAAAUGUCUACAAAAGGUUUUCCAGUGGAAAAACUAGUGCGGGUCGGCUAUUACGAGUUGGACAAAACCAUAGGCAAAGGAAAUUUCGCUGUAGUUAAACUAGCUACACACAUAGUCACAAGAACUAAGGUGGCUAUAAAGAUCAUAGAUAAGACUGUACUAGAUGAAGAGAAUUUGACGAAAAUAUUUAGAGAGACUGCAAUUCUAAAGAAACUUCGACAUCCGCACAUAACCAGGCUGUAUCAGCUUAUGGAAACAAACCAAACUAUUUAUAUGGUUACUGAGUAUGCAAGUAAAGGAGAGAUAUUUGAUUAUCUGGUGGCGAAAGGUCGUAUGUCAGAGCCAGAAGCGAAGAGAAUCUUUAGUCAAAUUGUUUCAGCUGUAAGCUAUUGUCACACGCAAGGGGUAGUACAUCGAGAUUUGAAGGCUGAAAACCUAUUGUUAGAUCAGAAUCUUAACAUAAAGUUGGCUGACUUUGGCUUCAGUAACCAGUUCACAGAAGGCUGUUUAUUGUCCACAUUUUGCGGUUCCCCCCCUUAUGCUGCGCCUGAACUCUUCCAGGGCCUAAAAUAUGAUGGGCCUAAGGCUGACAUAUGGAGUUUGGGAGUGGUCUUGUAUGUAUUAGUUUGUGGAUCAUUGCCGUUUGAUGGAUCCACGCUGCACGCUUUGAAAAAUGUAGUCAUAGAAGGAAAAUUCCGUAUUCCAUACUUUAUGUCACAAGACUGCGAGCACCUGAUCCGCCACAUGCUGGUAGUGGACCCUGAUCGCCGGCUAAGCAUGCAACAGAUCGUCAGACACCGGUGGCUGGCAGAUGCCCCACCCGUGGACACAGGGCCUGACCCUGACUUGCAACAACCUAAUGCAACAGUAGUUGAACAUAUGCUGCAACUGCCCAAUUUGGACCACAACGUAAUCAUGCAUUCGCUGAAGACAAGGGCGUUUGAUCAUAUCUAUGCGAUUUAUAAUCUGUUGCUGGAUAAGUUGAGGCAGAGGACGAUCAGUUUCCAGCAAAGGAGGAGCAUCGAGGAAGGACAAGAUGUGCAACAGUCGUUGUCGAAACCAGCACGCAUGUCCGAACGCAGCGGUUCAUUCAACGAACAACAGCUUCACCAGAAAAUGGACACUGCCGUGACUGGAACGACCGACAACUCUACCACCGGUUCCAACAAAGAGACAGCCGAGAGGAGGGACAGUUUCAACGAGAACUGUUUGAGGGGUACGGCAAAGAGCGAUAAAGUUGAGGAGGAGUCAGGGUCGCCGUUCGUCUCGAUGCCUGCCAUACCGGCUGUGUAUCUUGUGGGGGAUGGAGAAGAGCAACCCUUGGAGAAGUUUGGCGAGAUGGAUUUAGAUACAGCGGAAGACGUCUCUUCAGCCACAGUUUCAAUGCAAUCUUCUACCACUGGUUACAGUAGUUGUGCGUCAUCUGGUGACAAAUACCUUACUGCUAGACGUCAUACUGUUGGUCCUGGUGAUCCAGCACAUGAACAGGUACUGGAGAACCAUUACAUGCACCACCCACAACAGCAAGACGAAAACGGCGCCAAACUGCUGCCUCACACCAACUUGCCGUUGCAUCUGCCCGUUUUGGCGCAACAAAAUCCUCACUAUUUCAGCGGAAAGGAUCCGCAUCUGUUGAAACCCCCUGUGGUACUCAGUGCAGCUGGAGGCUUCGGCAGAAGAGCCUCUGAUGGUGGUGCUAACUUCCACAUGGCUUGGGGUACGCCUGGUUCCCAUGAACAAUUGUCUAUGAUGUCCACCAGUUCAAGUGGCAACCCUAGUUUGAGCAGCGGCACUGGUACGCAACCUUUGGAGCACAACCAGCACGUUUUAGAUGAAUUGGCAGUAGCAAGGUAUAUGCAAGGAAGAGGUAACACCAAACGCCACACGAUGGCAAAUCCCGAGGACGUCCAUUCCUUACAAAGCACAGGCACACCAGGAGGUAGAACGAGAAGGACUGGCUUGUUGACAGUGACAGAAAGACCAGUGAUUCCCCCGGAGGUCGUAAUGGAAGUGGAGGCUCGCAUGAAUCGUAACUACAUGCCCACCAUUUUGCCGACUGCUGCCAGGAAGCACAGCAGGCACAACGCCAUGACGAAGUUGCCCACGGUUCAAGAAUUGCAAGGUAGAGAACAAAAGUCGCUGGAAAGAUUCUCGCCUGUAAGAAGAGGAAGUGAAGGUUCGGCGGGUGGUUCCAGAAACUUGAGUCCGUCAACUCCACAGCAGGAGUGUCAAAUGUUACAGAGAGGUCUGAGGUCUAGCCCACCCAGAUCCAUACCAGGUUCCCCGAUCCACCAAAAGCUCCUUCCCGGGGCUACCCCCGACGUCAACCUCCGCCACCCGAUGUCCGAAUGCACCUCUCCCAUUCAUCAGUUUUACCAGCAGCACCCCGCCUUAGCCGAAACAGUCACUAUGCAGGACCUUCAAAAACUUUCCCAGCAAACCGCCUACAGCCCUCUGCACACCGCAGUGGCCCCAGGGACAGGGUCAGGGGGCAGCGGCACGCCCUCCCCUGUCUCGUAUGGGCAGCUGUACGCGGGGGCGGCCGGUGGCAGCAGUUCACCAGUGCUGAAUCCGCUGUUAAGUCCGGCAGGAGGAGGCGCGUCGCCAGUCUUUGGGAUGGGGAGUAGUGUGUCAUCCAUUACGCAAGGCAUUAGCGGGUUGAACACUUGCGCAGCAGGAGCCCCAGGCGGCUAUUCGCCCACCGGCUCGAUCACGCAAGGCCUGCCACCCUCGGCGCCCCUGGAUGAUCCCACAGGGGCAUCCCCUGGUCCCGCUUACCCCUCGGCCCUACUGCAUCACCACCACCAUAUCCUGAACGUGCAUGGCCAUCGCAGUUUAACUAACUCGCCGAUUAGCAAUCCUGGAAGUCCCGGGUUGGACAUGAUCCAGGAGGAAAUACACGUUGCUGGGCAGCCUCAGCAGAAGGAGGUUAUGGGGGCCCAGGGGCAGACGGCAGGGCAUCCGCAGAUUAGCGUUACGGAUGUGUUGGGGAGCGAAGUGACGCUGGUAGCCGGCUCGGACACCUCAGAAGACUCCAUGGAUAGCCUGGACAACCACAAAAUCCCAAAGAUUCCUUCGUUCAUAAUAUCCGAACCCUCGGAGAACCUGCCCUCCAUAACACGCGGUAUCGGUAGGAAAACCAGCCAAGAGGCCGAGCCUCGACCACCUGAUGGGGACGAGUUUUUUCUGAGGAGAAACUCGGAUAAGAGCUCCUGCUACUCAGACGAUUCGCUGAGCAACGAUAGUCUCAGCAUAGGAAAUCAGAGUCCGAGUAGUAGCAGCAAUACGCAGAGCAGUCAUGCGUUUGAUGCUGAUAUCAGGAAUAGAUCAAUGGACCACAACUAUGAACGAAUGCAGAUAAACCAAGAGCUUUCGAACGCAGCCCCAACGACGGGAAACUUCCAGAUAUUCCAGAAUCUCAAACUGAACUUGGGCGAUUUCGGUCACUUUGCAGUUCAGGAUAGUCCAGAUCGAGAAAACUCCCCUUCCAACUUGCACAAAAACUCCGGAUCGUUCGAAUUUGAACUUUCAGACGUUUGCUCCAAGUUACAAAGCACUGACAUACUUGAAAUGGUGAAAAAGACGAUAAAUGAUCAGAUCCCGCCGAAAACAUGCCUGAGUUCGAAGGAAGUAGGCAACCGUUUGAGUUUGGAAUACGAAGGAGGUAUUCAGAUAGAACUAAGGGUCGUCGACAAGCAAAAGGACUCGAAAGGCUUGAAAAUGCGCAGGAUAAGCGGGGACCACUUGGUAUACAACCAACUUUGCCAACAGCUGAUUUCUUGCAUGACUGUUUCCUAGCAUUUAAAGUAAAGUGAUUUAGUUUCAUUUUUGCUGUAAUAGUGAUGAGAUUUUGCCAUAUGUUAUCCCGUAUUUGAGCAAACAAAUGCCUGAAAAGCCUUUGCGUUGCUCGUAAUGUUCCUUUUUUAAUGAAGAUAUGUGAUGAAAUUAGAUUAUUUAGGAUGAGUGAUGAGAAUGCCAACUGCCUGGUCGACAUACAAGGUGCGUCAGUGUUAUGUUACCAUUUUCAGGUAGACUCGGUCUAGUUUGUCUAGCCUGGUUAGAAAACGGCGAUAACGUGGAGGAAAAGGUUGUCUUAAUUUUGAAAACCAAUGACUGUGGUGCAAAUCUGGUGAAUAGGGUAGGUAAUCUACCAAUUCAAACCCUGCUUGACAGCCUCAUUAAUACAGGAGGUAUGGCUGGAACCCAUUGUCUUGAUGAAGCAAUACGCCACUUCCAAAGUUCUCUCGAUGCUUCUCUUACAAGCGUCUCGCAAUUUUGAGAUUAAGUUUGCAUAAUAUUUCCAUGUAAUGCUAUACGUCCGUCUUGUGACACCGUAUCAUACACUGUUUUAAUGUUUUGGUCAGUUUAUACCUUUACAGGAGGCCCUCCUUGUCACUGUACUUAAAAAAGGCCACAGUAGUAGCUGAGACGUACAGUAGCGGUCAACAUGGAAACCACAGGAUAUGUUUAGAUGUUACAUUAGGCCACGAUAGUUUCCACAAAAUCGUAUUCCACGCUUAAAAUCUCGACAUGGACGCCCCGGAGACAUUUUUGAAGAGCAGGGUGGGCCAAAUACUACAAAUUCCCAAAUUGUACCAAAGAACAUGCUAAAUAGCUAGCUUUUUCCCAGCACCUGCCGCUAUUGACGAUAUGUGUUCGUGCCAGAUCAAGUCCUCGGUGAUAUGGACUCCGACCAGCCGAAAUGAACGGCUCUUUCCAGCUCAGCGGCAGAGAUCGGCUUGUCACUCCGAAUUCCUGCAUAUAGAGUGCUGUCAUCAGCGAAGCUAUGGAUGGGGUGGAUCGUGUUGGAAAGGAGGUCGUUGAUAUGUAAGAGGAACAGGGUCGGAGCCAGAACCGAUCCCUAGGGAACACCCGCGUUAACGUUGUGGGAUGAAGAGGUGAAGCCGUCAAUUACGACGGAUGUCUUGCGGCCAGAGAGAAAGUCAGCCACCCAUCUGCAAUGCUUUUCUGAGAGGCCAUAGGAUGGAAGUUUGCAUAAUAGGGUAGCGUGCCACAGCUGAUCGAACGGUUACGUGAUAUCAAGAGCAACGACAUGAGCCUCACCAUAAGACUGGAUGAGUUUACUCCACAAUUGCGUGGCGUAAGCUAGGAGGUCGCCUGUGGUGGUGCCGGAAUCCAUACCGUCUGUCGCUAACCAAGCCGUGACAUUCGAGGUAGUCCAGAAGCUGGCGAUUUAUGUGCCUCUCCAUCUCCUUACUUAUAACAGAAAGCAGAGCUAUAGGCCUGUAGUUGCAAGGGUCGGUCUUAGGUCCUUUUUUUUUAGCUGAGAUGAACAUGGGCAAAUUUCCAGUUUUUUUUUGGGAAGGUGCCGGAUUCAUAAGAUAUCUGGAAGAGACGCGAAAAAACUGGAGCAAGCUCCGCUGCACACCUCUUCAGUACAAUGGCAGGAAUCGAGUCCAGACCAGAAGCUUUGUUGAUGUCUUACGGUCUUAUGCCUGAAUGUUAUUUCCGCAUUCCCGCGAUUUUUAAUGACUAUAUAGGUUUUUCGAAAAAAUGUCAUCCUGGAACUGUCAUUCACUUCAUUUUCACUUGUAGUAGCUGUACGUGUUGCCUAAACGUCAUGACACUUGAGCUAUAUGGUUCGGCUGCGAUGUGAUGUAACAUCUGCUUCAGAGAUGGCACUAGCGGGGAGCAUUUGUAGCUAUGACUUGAGCUGUGAAUUGUAUUACCUGAGCGACUAGCUAUUAGACAAAUUGUCAUACCGAUAUUUAAUUUCAUUAUAUCGUUUUUUUACGUAAUACACUUGCCGAUAGUGAUAAAAAAAUCAUAGAACACUGAAAUCUCACUUCUAGAUACGUUCCGUGCGUGUGAGAUGGAAUUCUCACUUGACCGUUUCUUGUGACAUCUGAGAAGAUUCACUUUCCCCACUUGUGCGGUGAAUCACUCUAUUGCAAAAGGGAAGCUACUUUAGUAAUACAGUUGGGGUAAGGAGGGAGAAAGAAAUCCCACCUCAUUUAAACUGAAGUUUGGGUAGAGUACGUGCAGUAAACUGAACAAACUGAAGUGAGGUGAGCAUAUCUGAUCGGUAAUUACUAGUCACGUUUUUUCAUCGUUGUUAAUUAUCAAUGCCGUUUAAGCGAAUUUGGUCAUGAAUAUCAUAAAGUAACCCUUGUACGGUUGUCAGUUCAGAUGACCGCGGUAUUUACAUAGACCUAGAGUUCUUUUUAUACGCUUCACAUGCAACUUGUCAUUGGUCAUCACCUAAAACCCAAACAAAGGAAGGUCUCUGUGGUCGGAGUCCUAUUUUUUUAUAAAUCGAAAAUUUCGUUAGUGGAUGUAGAGUAAAUAUUGUUUAACCCUGUAAGGUUCACUCCUAUUAUUUUUUAAGUUAAAAUUCGUAAAUUUUCACUGGCUAUAAAAAAUCACUGUAGGAACAAGUUUAGAUCCAUAUAUUGAAGUCAUUGUUAUUAGAAAGUGUACUUUGCAAUUGUUGCCAAAUGUCAACAUUGACCGUUACGGUCUAUAAGCGGAUUAAAAAUAUAAUUGUAACAAAACACAUUAAAAAUUGCAAUAAUAUUUUAUUACAAAAAAAAUCAAAGUAUUUCCAUCAAAAACGAAAAACAAUAUAUUCCGUAUAAAAAAUAUACAAGGUGAGACAAAUGUGAAAAUUAUAACAUAAAGGAAUCUAUCUCACAGAUGAAAAUGAACAAAACAAUUAUUUUUAUCAUUUAGGCAUAGCCGACACAUACAUUUUCGGCACAUUAUUCGAGAAAAUCCCGUAGUGCACAUUCGGCAUCUUCCCUUUGUCGUAUGAACUGGCCAAUGACCAACAGUAUCCUUUCUGGUAACAUCUGAAGGUCUUGGAACGACUGGGUGUAUUAUUAUUGAAUUGGACUUAGGUGAUGAUACCGGCCUUCCAGGUUUCGGUUUCCCAGUGGUGGACAAGCCCUUUGCAAUAUCACAUCUAAAUUCUUUUAGGGGCAUACACUUCUUUUCAUUUUUAUUGUUCUCUUUGUAUAGUAACCAUGCGUUGACUAUACACAUGUCGAUGAUAUAGGCGAAAAUCGGGAAGUACCACCGCUUAGCACGACCAGGGGUUCUGUAAAGCCCGACCAGCGAAUUUGACUUAUCAACACCUCCCAUAUGCCUGUUGUACUCCAUAAUAAUGGAUGGACAAGGUAUAUUCGUUUUACCUUUUUUUUCUUUGCAAUAUCGACGAAGCGUAUUUUCAGGGGAUACACCAUGAAUUGUACUUCCAAUCAAAACACAUUUAUUGUCAGCUCAUUUGACAAUUAUGCAUUCCCUGUUUGUGGACUUGUAGUCAUACUUUCCUCUGCCUUUUUUUAGCAAUUCCUUAUCAGAUAUCAGCUGGCAGCCAUUUAGUCUAUUGUUCCGAAGAGUUCCUAAGCUAUAAAUGUUGAAUCUGUGCUUUAGAUAUAAAAAUAAGUUCACACUCGAAAAAUAAUUGUCAAAGUACACAAUGCUGUGAGCUGGGUUUUGGAUGGUUUUAGUGAGAGCAAUAACUACGCUACUACCAACUCCCAUAGCCAGUUCAUUUUCUGCUAACUGCAUGGCAGUGCCAUCUAAUAAAGAAAAAGUAUUUUUCCCUUGAUAUGGAAUAAAAGAGUAAAUCAAUCCCGAUACUCCAGCUCUCAUGAAGAAUUUGUAACCCCAUUUGUGUGGUUUGUUUUUCAUAUAUUGACGAAGGUUACCUGCCCGUGUACCUUUGUACGGUACCAUUGUCUCAUCAAUGGAGAAACGAUUUUCUAUCUCAAACUUAGAGCAGUUUCUGUUGACUAUGUCCAAGAGCGGUCUAAUUUUAUAAAACCUAUCUUGAGAACUGCCAACUAAAGAAUUAUCAUUGAAGUGUAUAUAUCUGCGUAAUUGUUUGAAUCUCCUUAGUGACAUAACAUUCGCUAUAGAUUCAAUUCUUAGAGUAGCCGACCAAUAAUCUUUGUAACUAGGAAGAGAAAUGACGCCCAUGUAGAUAAGGAUAGCAAUAAAAUUAGUAACUUCUUUGUUAUCUGUAUCUAGACUUUUCCCAGUCAUUUGAGUACAAUACAAAUUUGAUUCCUUCACUAUCAGUUCAAUGCAUUCAUAUGAGAAAAACUCUAAAAAGUACUGUAAUGGAUAAUGAUAAUUAUCAUCUCCAAAGUUUACAUCUGACGUAGGUUUUUCAAAAUUAGGUAAAUCUUCCUCUACCCAAUUAUAUACGACAUCAGCCUUUUGGAUCCUUCGAUUGCUCUUCUUCCUUCUUUUAGAAGCUAUUGGUUUUAUUUCUUCGUCAUCUGACUCAUCCGAGGAGCUACUGUUAUUCUGAAUAACUUCAACUGUAGACCUACUUGAGCAAGGCAACGGAUUUACAUCAUCUGCAUCAUUACUUCCGAGGCGUAACACAUCAUCUUCCAAAUUUUCAUUAUCGGAAUCACUUUUAUCUGAAAUAUCGGAUAUUUCUAGAUUAGCCGGCAAUACAGGUAUAAAGUCUGUCUUCUUUUUGUAAAAACACCUCGCCGAAAUGGUUUUUAGAUUUUCGAAAGGAUCCAUUUUUCAAGCUGCAACGAAACAAAAAUGGAUAAAACAGUAUCUUACAUUGGCUCAACCAUGAAGGUUCAAUGUUGACAUAUGGCUACAAUCGUUUUCAAACUUCAUUUUCUAUACUCUCCUAUGCUACUUUGGAUAAUCUUACCAUGUAUUAUGUGUUUUGGACAUGUACAACCAAUAUUAUAUCAUACUAAUGUAUUUUAUGAAAAUUUACCUACCUAAUUAUCUCUCAAACACGCCAGUGCAACGACGCCGGCGAAACGAACUGAACAGCUGCCGGUUGACAUAUUAAAAAAUUAUUUCUCGAUUUCGCUAAUAGAUGGCGGAUGGUAACUGCGCCUAACUUGAGGCUGUUUCCACAUGUCUACAUCGAGCAAUAGAGUGUACAAGGGAUAGAAAACGUUAGAAGAUACCUAAAAGAUCGUUGUAGACAUAUAGCUACAAGGUGUCUUACAGGGUUAAAUCUAUGAGGCAUUCGGCUAAUUAUUGUAAUCAUUGAAUGCUCUUGCAUAACUAUUUUCCAUCGUGAUAAGGGACGAAAAUAUCUUUGGAUGAAGGUGCAUAUGUUUGUGGGGCAAAUGUCUCCAAUGGUUAAAAGCUCGCGUGUUCUCUUUUUUUUAAUAAGGGCACAUCAACAACAAAAACAUAUUCCUGGAAACUUGCUACCCCAAAAGAAACAGGUUUUGACAGCAAUGACGAUUGACAGUACGGGCUCGGCCGCAUCGUUUCGGUCAUUUUUUGACGUAAAAAGGUAUCUGACCUAGGACAUAACCGGGGUAGUUACAAUAUUUCGCCUGAAUCAGCUUUUGUGCUGUUAACAGUACUCUUCAAACAAGCACAUGCAAAGGAAUCAUGGCAUCAACCCUCGGAAAAACACAAACUCAGACACUUGACUGUUUUUUGACAUGUCACUUAACAACCCCCAUGCUUGCCUGGUCGGAUCAAAACCUCAUGUUUAAAAUUGCUCUUUAUUGAACGACGUUUCGGCCCCAACACAGUCAAGUGAACUUGAAGGCCACCAUUGGGACCGAAACGUCGUGCGAUAAAGAGGGAUUUUAAACAAUGUGGUUUUGAUUCGGCCUGACAAGCGUGGGGGAUUAUCAACACCAAAAACAAAGAAUAAAUUUCAGAUGUUACAUGUUAACGUUUUCAUAGCUGGUAAUAAGUGCACGUAUGUCGUGUAUGGUUGAUUUUAUCAUAAACAUUGACGUACCCUGUAUGGUAUCUGCAAGAACAGCCUUGUUAAACAAAUGUUACUUGAUCUCAACUGCUCAUUGUUUAAACUGGCACUGCUUACAAAUAGCAAAAGCAAAGCUUGGCCUUAACUGGGGAAUGGGACAUAAGAAUUAUGGCAAUGAGUAAAUAUAAAAAGAUGUGUAAUUGAAGCAAACAAUUCAGAAUCCGUAGUUUUCCAACUAACACAUUCCAUAUAAUAACUGUAAAUAUUCCCAUCAUUGAUGGCUGAAUUUACACCAUCGCAAAUUUCGAUGUUAAGAUCUAAGAUUUGAGCAAUAUGUAUCUUAAAAAAGUUUUUGAAUGGUCUGUCUGAAUCAUCUAUCCCAGAUAUAUAACUCGUAUUUUGCUCUGGAUAAAUUCAUCGUUCAAAUGCAGCUCAUGUUAAAGUUCGUUGAUAUAUGUUAGAAGUAAGUCUAGCUAAGGUUGCCUCCCACAAAUGCUUAUUCAUAAUUGUGACUGAACUGGGAGUUAAGUAUACUUAUGAAGAUGCAAAGAUUUUCAGUUCCAUCCAGAGUACGAAUUUUGAAAACUUUUGUUUUUGGAUAUUCAAAAACUUUUUUAUUUUAGCAUAUGGGAAUUCAAAUUACUGUGUAAAUAGUUCUCUGUAUAUAAUAUACCUAGACUUUUUAUCAAAUAUCUUGUGUAUAGAAUUUUUCAUUCUUAUAUAUUUGUUUUUUAUCUGUUAUCAAUUAGAUAUGACCGUAUCUAAGGAAUAAUAUAGUUUUAAGAAUACGUUUGUUAUUUAGUUGACAUAAAUAUUUAUUAAUAAUACUCGUCAAAAACAGAAAGUUAUAUAAAUUUAUCAAAUGUUGAACCUUCAAAAUGUCUAUAUAUUUCAUGAUAAAUAAGCAACGUGGUUAGAACAUUUUUGUGAUUAAUUGAAGCAGCACCUUGAAAUUAUAUUUCUGUGGUCUUUAGAUCUACAUAAUCCUCUCUAUGAAAUAGCCAUAUAACCACAAUCUGGCAGACGUUUAAAGCUGCUACACACAGUGCCGGCGGCAAUGCCGCCGGCAAUACAAGCCGCCGGCACAAGCCGUCAAGCAUCAUUCCGGUUGUGACAGUCACAUAGAAAGCUAGUGAAGUGCUGCAUUUCUGGGAUUCCAUAAUAUAUCAUUUUCAUGAAAUUUUUCAAUAAAGAGCAGCACAGCUUCGUCGUCCCAAUUAAACGACAUUUUAAUUUGUUUAAACACACAAACCGCACAACACUACCGCUCGAAUGCCAGGAACGAAGUGACGCCGGCAAGCCGCGUAACCCGCCGGCACACCACGGCGGCUCCUUUGCGCGGCAAGGCCGGCGGCUUUGUAUGCCGCCGGGUGUACGGCGGCUUGCCCGGCGGCACUGUGUGUAGCAACCUUAAAGAUUGAUUAACAUGUUCUACUAGAAGAUACCCAAUUCACUGGCUGCAACGUCCAAUUUCGCUCCCGCUAGUCGGCGUUAGUGUGGUUGGAUGUUAAGCCGUCAAAAGUAGAUGGAAAAAGACAGAUUUAAUAGAAAGGUAAUUCAAUUUUCAGGAUACUUGCAUCACUUUUUGAUGCGUACAGCUGAUCAGCAACUGAUACCUUUGUUUAUAACCUGAACAUGUCAAACUAGAAAUAUAGCUUAUUCGACCACAGACGGUCAAUCAUGGACAUCUGUUUUGUGCUAUUUGGCAACACAUCAGCAUGGUCUCAGCUAAAACAAUGAACGAAAGCAGAGAAACUAUCGUCUAUUCAGAACAUAAGGUAUGUCCGCAAUAAGACGGCACAAAAUGUCAUCUGUUACCAGAAUCGACCACAGCGAGAGAAAAACAGCAAGAUGUCUGUUGGAAUUGUAUCCCAGUUCGCAUUUGACAGUCAGGUCACCAUUGUGGUCGGCAAAUGUGGCCGAUUUUGGUGGUAUACUAUUGUCUUUUUCACGAGUAUCCAUUACGUAUUUUGUUUUGGUUUUUUUUUUUGUACGCUAACAACUCUUAUUUAGAAAAUAUGAUUUGCAUACAAAAAAGACGCUACAAGCAAAAUUUUUAGAUAGCUUAUACCCGAUUCUUUAUUAGUCCAUUUUUGAAAAUUUCCCAGAAAUAAUUAUAAAGUCUGGUUUUAUUGAUGCAAGUUGUUCAAAGGGGUAUUUAAAACAUGUACGCAUAAAAUGGGAACACCAAUUUUUAUGGGAAAACUUUUUAUUCGACAACAAAGCAUGAGGAAACUUUUAUUUUGGAAUUAAAUCAAAGUUAUGACGGGAACGAGAAAACACUUCAAAUAAGAUUUUUAAGUAUUUAUGAGACCUACAGAAUAAGACCACAUGUAAAAAAGUUAUGGCCGAAAACCGAGGCAAAAUGCAGAUUUUCGCACUUGUUGCUAAUGCGACGGUAACUUCAUGCAGCUACUUGAAAUUCUUCAAAUCCGAAGGCUUCUUAGUUCUAAAUAACCACAAGAAAAUUGGAGUCGAUUAUUCAGGUAGUUGUUGAAAAUUUCUAAUUGCUUAUCCCAAAACACCUGUCUUCCGGCAAUCACUACUAGUUUAUUGAGCAAUAUACAGGGUUCGUGCAAAGGGCAUUUUUUAACAAAAUACACGAGUUUACCUUGCCGACAUGAAUCACAAGCCAUUCCGAAAGAUAAUUGUUAUUUUUAUGCUAAUAACGAAGGGGUUCUUCUAAACAAAUUCAAACAUUUCGUAUUUCUAAUAAAUACCUAAAAAUCUUAUUUGAAGAGUGUUUUCGGUCCUGCCAACACUUUCGAUUGAAUCCUAAAAAGAUGUUUUCUUAUUCUUUGUGGCGAAUAAAAAGUUUUCCGACAAAAACUGGUGUUCCCAUAUUACGCGUCCAUGUGUCAAAUGCCCCCUUUAACCAGACUUUGCAAUUAUUUCGUAAACCAGGGGUAUUUUUGUCUAAUAUGAUUAGACUAUAUUGCCAACGUGAUAGACUAUUUCAAAGAUCAUUUUCUGAUCAGCUGUUCAUCUCAGUAGACGUCAAAACGUGAUGGAUACUCGUGAAAUAGGAUUUAUAUACGGUUUACACGCGAUUGAACAAACUAGUAAUAUAGCUUUCGUUCAUCCGACCACAGACGACGAACCAUGUUUCGUGCUAUUUGGCAACUCAUCAGUGGUCGAUUUUAGCAACCUAUAGCACUUCAUGCUGUUUUAUUUCGAUAGACCUUAUAUCCUGGAUGGAGGAUAGUUGCUCAGCUUUUGUUCCUUGUCCUACCUGGGACCAAGCCUAAACCAUGCUGCUUAUUGCAAGGUUUAUGUCAUGACUAAGAAUAACCUUGCUUUGAAAGGACAAUGGAGAUUGUUGUUACUUUUGAGAGAAUUACUUCGAUUUUGUUUGGCAUAACACGUGGUGAUGGAAAUUAUCUGAGAACGCCCGAAUAGAGUAUCGGGUUGGGCAUCUUCUUUGAGAAUGCGUUCAAUGAACGAAUAUUUGGGCAUUUUGGAUAAGCAUUUCAAAAAAUUAUGAGUAACCUGUAUUAGAUACGUCAGUUAGCGUUAACUUUCAUUGUUGUAAUUUAGUUUUUUGUUGAGAAUGAACCUAAAAGGUGCACAAAAAGUUGAUCGUGUUUUAUUUUAUUGGUCUAUGUUGCAAAAGUAGAGGAAUUGUAACGUAA